ACCAAAAUGCAAUGAGUUGUCUUGGUCCAUCAAAAGUCCCUUUUGGAAAUGGCACAAUGAUUCCCACUCCAGGGAUGUCUCAACAAGCACAAUGAGGGAUGUCUCAACAAGCACAAUCAGGCAUGCAGCCCCUUGUAAACAGUGGUGCAGCUAAUAUGCGCUAUGGUCGCAGCAGACAUAAGGUGGUUUGCAAUCUGCUCAAUCCAAAUGUAAAGGUCUGGCAGGAAAGCUUGUUUGGGCAAAGAAAAGGACUGUCAGUCUUUAUCUCCAAACUAGAAGGUUACAGGGAUUCUUAUGCCUCUAAAACACUUGCAGCAAACUGGCUGUCUGUAAUGGAAAUAGUUCGGCUUAUAUCUCAGGACCACAUGAAUAACAAACAAUAUGUAGGAAAGGCAGAUUUCUUAGUUUUUCUGACAACAAACCCACAUGGCUUUCUUGGUCAGCUGCUGUGUGCAGUUAUGCAAUUACCAUCAUAGACAUUGCAAUUAUCUGUUUCUGACAGCCUUCCACUUGAUUGGAUGAUUCAACUUGGGGAUCUGGUUGUAUUUAAGUCUCAAUUGUCCAAUCACCAGCAGCAACAAAUGCAGAAACAACACCAGCACUUGCAAUCACAUCAGCAGCAUCUUCCACAUUUGCAACUUCCUCAUAUGCAGCAGCAACAACUUCCGUGGCACCAACAACAGCAGCAGCAAUUUCCUCUGCUAGAACAGCACCAACAGCUUCCUCAGGUCUAACAGCAGCAGCUUUCUCAGUUGCAGCAAUAGCUUCCACAAAUCCAGCAACCAGCAACGUAGCAGCUACCUCUACUUCCACAAAAAAUUCUACAACUACACAACAAUAGAAGCUUCCAAAAUUACUGCAACUGCAGCCUCUGCAACAACAGAUGGUUUGGGAACGAAUGGGUCAAACCUAUGUUCAAAGCCGUGGGCAGUCACAAGCUGGUUUCUCAUGGACAAGGGUUUCAUGAGUUAUCUCAAUUUUUCAGUGGUUUCCCCAUGGCUAACACACUGGUAUAAAAUGAAACAUCUGUGUUAUAAUGUCCUAGCUUUCAGUCACAAGUAUUUUAGCUCAUAAUGUGCACUCUCUAGUAUGUCCUUAUUACAGAAAUGUUAGAAUGUCCAUUUGAUGUCACAAAUGUCUUUCUGCAUUGCAAUCUUGAGGAUGAAAUUUACAUGGAAGUCCACUUGGGUUUAAAGUCGAGGAGAGAGGUGUGUAGACUAAGAAAAAAACUUUAUGGAUUGAAACAGUCUCCUAGAGCAUAGUUUGACAAUUUUACUAUUGUGGCAAGAUCAAGUGCAGAAGCAAAAUUAAGAAUCAUGACCAUUUGUGAAAUACUAUUGUUAAAGAUAGUUUUAGAAGACCUAAAGAUUUAUUAGGAGAAGCCUAUGAGACUGUAUUGUGAUAAAAGUCAUCACUAAAUAUUGUGCAUAUUUUAGUGUAACUUGAUAGAACUAAGCCUGUUGAAGUAGAUAAACACUUCAAUAAAGGAGACAUUGGAUAAUGGGACAUGAACCAUUUGUAUCCUUUGGAAAUCAAUUUGCAAAUGUAUUGAAAAAAGGGCUAAGUGGUGCCACAUUUUAAUCUAUUGUUGGCAAGUUGGAAGUGAAUGACAUCCACUCACCAAUUCGAGUGGGGGAGUG